CGGGAUCUCUCCGCGCCGCCCUGCCCUGCCGCACGUCUACGGAGCCGCGGCCUCGCAGUCGCCGAAGCCCCGGGGCGGGUCGGAGGUGAGCUGCGCAGCGAAAGAGUACUGGACUUGACAAUAGGAAGAAUCAGAAUAAAACGUAAGAGCCAUGGCAGCACGCUGGAGGAGAAUCCUGAUAGUAUUUGUGGCAGCUCGAGUACUAUGUUUGGUAAAUGCCUUUGAGGAAGAGGAUGUACCUGAAGAAUGGAUUCUUCUUCAUGUUGUUCAAGGCCAGAUUGGAGCAGGAAACUACAGCUACUUGAGACUAAAUCAUGAGGGAAAGAUAGUACUUCAGAUGCAGAGUUUAAAAGGUGAUGCGGAUUUGUAUGUAUCUGAUAUGACUCUUCACCCCAGCUUUGACGAGUACGAGUUACAGUCUGUUACUUGUGGCCAAGACGUUGUCCACGUACCAGCACACUUCCGCCGACCAGUGGGAAUAGGGAUUUAUGGGCAUCCCUCCCACCAGGAGAGCGAGUUUGAAAUGAAAGUCUACUAUGAUCGAACAGUCGUACAGUAUCCAUUUGGUGAGGCUUCCUACAAUCCAGAGGAGAUGGAGGCAAGCCAGAAGUACUCGCACUCUACAGAAGAUGAAUCUCAGGAUGAAGAGUCUGUUUUCUGGACUAUACUUAUUGGAAUCUUGAAGUUAAUACUUGAAAUUCUUUUUUAAAUUGAUACGUGAUGGACUAAAUCACAUUUCAGUUUGUGAAAUUGAACAUGAAUAACUUUCUAUAUUUAAUACUCUUUAUUGUUUCCUGAAGAAGUAUUCAGUUUGAUUUUCGUAAAUCAGAAGGAAAGUGGUGGGGAGGAAAAAAGCCAUAUUUAAUUUUAUAUUGUAAGUUUUUUUUUCCCCUAAAAGUAAAAGGAGCAGCAACUGUGCUAUUUGCAGUAUUCUUCAGAGAUCAGGGCUUAAAAAUGAAUGUAGAGCUGGGGAUCCCUAAACAGGUGCUUAGGAAAAAUUAACUCUUAAUGAUUUUCUGUCAUUAGUUUCUUGAUAAAGACUGAAAUACAAACUGCUGCUCUGUAGUGCGCCCUCAAUUUGGAGCAUAUUUAAAAGUAAAUCCUGCUCUUCUGACAGGUUACCUUCAGUAUAACUAACAAGCAAUGGCUUUGAAGCGUACUGAAGUUGAGGGAUGUAGGGUGAAGGAAGAAAAACCGAAUAAGGGGAUAGAGGGGCUAUAAUUUGACUGCUUGUGCUGUACAUCAGUCAUCUGUAAGCAGAGGCCUGUCCACUCACUCACCACCUCUGCAAAUCCAUGACCUGAAUCAAGUGCAUGUUACUUCAAUGUUACAGUAGGGAGGGAAAGCCUUCAGCUGUUGUUACUUGUCAGUAGAACAUUCUCAUUCCUCAUUAAAAGCAAUGCAGUAUAUAGUACCUUAAGCCUGAGAGGUAUUUUCUUACAUCUCCCUUUUAUAGCUUUUUGAGAUUGAUUUUUUUUUUUUUUUAAUGUUUACAGUCCCUUUUUUUUUCCCUGUAAAUUUAUAUCAAUAAUUCAAUAGUUUGCAAAGAAAAUUUUUGCUGAAAGGAAUUUUCAGAAUAUUGUAAGAAAGUCAGAUUGUGUUCACUUUUUCCCUCAAAGUUAGUCUUUUCCAGGAGUACUUUUUGCCUUGUUUGAGUCUUUCAAAUUAAUUGCUAUGCAAAUAGUAUGUAUUUAAAUUGCUCUGUAAUUUUCUUUUCACAGAGCUUACAGAUGAGUACACUGAAAUAAAUAAGCGUGGUACUAUAAUUUUAUACAAAUGGUGCAUGUACCAUUUAAAUUUCAUUAUAUAAAGCUUUUUCUUUUUGAACAGGAAUUUGACUUUUUUUGUCUAGAUAGCUGACAGCAUGUGAUUAGAGACUUGUCUCACAAAAAGUGGUUAUAUAGCCAAAAUUAAAAGUUUAUUUGAUAAAAAGAAAAA